GGUCCCGCUCGCUCCUGCAGAAGCCGCACUGCUCGUUCCAGGAGUCGUGGCUGCACGAGUUCCCCUGGCUGCACUUCUGCCAGGAGAGCGGCCUCAUGUCGUGCGCCUGGUGCCGGCGGGGGCCCGAGGGCGGCGGGGCCCGGGGCCCCAGCAGCCCCCCGACGCCCCACGACGAGCUGGCCCGGGGCACCCGCAACUACAAGCGCACGCUGCUCCUGCGACACCACCUCUCCGCCGACCACCGACUCCGAGAGCCCAACGCCCAGGAUUCCGAGGAUCUCCCGUCAGAACUGACCAACGAGGAGGCCUUCUGCGACUAUAACAGCAGGCCCAAUGAGAACUCGUACUGCUACCAGCUCCUCCAGGAACUGAAUGAGCAGCGGAAGAAAGGCAUCCUCUGCGACGUCAACAUCGUGGUGAGCGGAAGGGUCUUCCGAGCUCACAAGAACAUCCUGGUGGCGGGCAGCCGCUUCUUCAAGACUCUGUAUUGCUUCACCAACAAAGAGAGCCGUAACCAAACCACCGUCACCUACUUGGACGUCGUCGCCGUGCAGGGGUUUUCCGUCAUCUUGGACUUCUUGUAUUCCGGGAACCUGGUGCUCACGAGCCAAAACGCCAUCGAGGUGAUGUCCGUGGCCAGCUACCUGCAGAUGACCGAGGUGGUCCAGUCCUGCCGCAACUUCAUCAAAGAUGCCUUAAAUAUCAGCAUAAAGUCGGAGGCUCCCGAGGCCGUGGUGGUGGACUACAACCGGCGGUCCGUGAGCCGGGAAGGCCUGCCGUCGGCCCGCGACCCGAAGGUGGCCAGCUUCUGGGCCACCCGCAACCUCACCAGCCUGGCCAGCAGCAUCAAAAGCGAGAGCGACGGCUGCUACGGCCUGGACGAGGGCCAGGCGGAGAGCUACCACCUGAACGACUGCGGUUGGGCCCAGGACAGCUCGCCCGAGGUGGCCGAGAACGAGGCCGCCGGGCAGCAGCAGGGCAAGGUGUUCGUCUGGAAUGACGUGAGCUCCCAGGGGGCUCCCGAAGCCGCCAAGGCCAGGAGGAAAAACCAGACCACCAAGAGAUUUAUUUAUAAUAUCCCGCCCAACCACGAAGAAGGCAUGGAAGAUUGUUCGGUGAUGCAGCCCUCCGUCUCCUACCCCGAAGAGGAUUUACAGUUUAUCAAGGAAGAGCCAGAUCUGGAUGGGGCCCUGCUGUCGGGUCCCGAUGGUGAGCGGGGCCUGAGCGCCAAUCUCCUGGCCGAAGCCAACUCCAGUCAAGAUGGAGGCGAUGCAGGUACUUCAAAUGAUUUCAAGUAUGGGUUGUUGCCCGGAACUUCAAACGAUUUCAAGUAUGGAUUGUUACCAGAAUCUUGGCCAAAGCAAGAAGCCUGGGAAAAUGGUGAAUCAUCGUCACUCAUCAUGAACAAACUGAAAUGUCCUCACUGCAACUACGUAGCCAAGUAUAGACGAACACUAAAGAGGCACCUGCUCAUCCAUACGGGCGUGAGAUCAUUCAGCUGCGACAUCUGCGGGAAGCUGUUUACCCGGAGAGAGCACGUGAAGAGACAUUCCUUGGUGCACAAAAAGGAUAAAAAAUACAAAUGCAUGGUGUGCAAGAAGAUCUUCAUGUUGGCCGCCAGUGUCGGAAUAAGGCACGGAUCUCGGCGCUACGGCGUCUGCGUAGACUGUGCGGACAAAUCCCAGCCGGGCGGGCAGGAGGGCGUAGACCAGGGCCAGGACCCAGACUUCCCCAGGGAAGAAGAAUACGAGGAGAACGAGGUGGGGGAGGCCGACGAGGAGCUGGGGGACGACGCGGACGAGCAGGCCGACCCGUCGCGGUGGGACGAACCGGGCGACGUCUGCAUGGCGCUGGAGGAUUGACCGGCCCGAUCGUCGGGCCGCCCUGGGCCCGGCCGUCUGAGUUCUGGGACUUGAAGGCUUGCGAAAUAUGGUACACGCUGGACAGGAGUUGUGCUGUGAAAUCUGUAGGGCCAGAGCCUUAUAGUGAAAAAACAAAACAACAAAAAAAAAAAGACUCCAUUUUUAUAUUUGCACAGGACUGUACAGCCAACAACCAUAUGUGGUUGCGUUAGAGAGUCCUCACAUCUCCAAUCAGUUAGCAAAGGAAAAAUAUUUUUUAUUAUUUAUAGGAUAUACAGUAGCUAUUUGGGUCCUAAUAAAACGUAGUAACUGUC